AUGAUUGACCAAAAGAAGGAGACAGAUGUGCGACACUUCUGCAGAUGCGCUGUUUAUUUCCUCCUGUUCUUCAGUCUGAAUACGAAGCCGGCUCUUACAGAGCAUGUAGCCGACCCCGACACAUUCGCCUUUUACCACGAGGGGGUGCAGGGAUGUCUGGCGGUACGAGAUCACUCACUCUACCUCUCCUCGUCCUGCACCGGCGAUGCUCAGCUUUGGAAAUGGGUCACCGGAAACCGCCUCUUUAACUUAGGUUCAUCUCUCUGCCUGGGUGUCAGUCUGGGAAACGCGACUCACCAGAGUGCCGUGUCCCGGCUCGGCAUGUUCCGCUGUGACCACGAACCCCCUCAGGCCAUUUGGUCGUGGGGGUGUAGCAAGUUUCUGGAAACUCUCGGGACCUACUUACCCGCUCCGAGCCUGGCCAGGGAUAAACGCAGCGCCGUGGCUGACGGUUCCUCGGAUUUGAAGUGGCGACUCUUUGGUAAAGAGCAGGACCUUUGCGCCAAGACCUACAAAGAGAUCUACACCAUCCAGGGGAACUCUAACGGGCGCCCAUGCCAUUUGCCCUUCCUCUAUGAUGGCGAGUGGUACCACAGCUGCACCAGCGUGGGGAGGGAGGAUGGUCAUCUUUGGUGCGCCGUCACGCACGACUACGGCAAGGACGAGCGCUGGGGAUUCUGUCCUGUGAAGAGUGCAGACUGUGAGACAUUUUGGGACACCGACUCUCUUACUGGUAACUGCUACCAGUUUAAUUUCCAGGCCACGCUGACAUGGGAGGAGGCUCGGACCAGCUGCAGUCAACAGGGUGCAGAACUGCUGAGCAUCACCAAGGUGGAGGAGCAGAGUUACAUAAAUGGUUUUCUCACUGCUUAUAGCGCUACCUUGUGGAUGGGUCUUCAUGAUCUGGACCUCAACAGAGGCUGGCAGUGGGUUGACAAUGCCCCUCUGAAAUAUCUUAACUGGGAUACAGACCAGCCGAACGGCGAGAAUGAUUAUGAUUGUGGGGUGAUUCGGACUGAGAGCUUAGGACGCUGGCAGAACACAGAUUGCUCCAUGACUCUGCCCUACAUCUGCAUGAAAAGACCCAAUGCUUCAUUUGACCCCUUCACUACAGAUUCAUGGACGGAUGAUGGGAGCUACCAGUGUGAUAUAAGCUGGCAGAACUUCCAGGCCGGCUGCUACAGGCUAACCACUGAUGAACUGAACUGGAAUUCGGCUGAGAAGACCUGCCAGAAAAUGGAUGCUCACCUGGUCAGCAUCCACACACUGCCGGAGAUGGAGUUUAUUUUAAGACACAUGAAAAGAGAUGUAGACGAGUUAUGGAUUGGACUGCACGAUAUCGCCAUGCAGAUGAAUUUUGAGUGGACAGACCGUACACCGGUGACUUUAACAUUCUGGCAUGCGUACGAGCCCAACAACUUCCAGAACACACAAGAGGACUGUGUCAAUAUGUGGGGUCUUGAAGGCCGUUGGAACGACAUUCCAUGCAAUUUUUCUUUGCCCUCCAUCUGUAAGAAAGCUGCCCAGAAGAUAGAAGGACCGAUCCAAGACCAUGGCUGCAGAUCGGGCUGGAAAUGGCACAGUCCCGCCUGUUUUGGGGUUGGAGAGUAUUCCGUGUCAUUCGACAGUGCCAGAAAAGCGUGUGCCAGCUACAAUGCCACAUUAGCUGUCAUCAGCAACAGGUUCGAGCAGGCCUUUGUGAGUAGCCUGGUGUUCGGACGUUCGGAUGAUCGUUUCUGGCUCGGUCUGCACAAUGAGAACGGCACCGGGCCGUUCCGCUGGCUGACUGAGGAGGAACUGACAUACUCGAACUGGAACCGAGACCAGCCAGCCCCCGUUAAAGAUGGGUGUGUUGCCAUGGCGACGGGCCAUGCCACCGGCCUGUGGGAAGUAAAGGAGUGUGCCGGCGAUCGCUUCAAGUACAUCUGCAGACAAAACAGAGGCUACCUCCCCAGUCCACCGAGACCCCGACCCACUCCCCCUGUGACGGGAUCCUGCCCCUCGGGGUGGAAGAGCUCGAACGCUCAUCACUACUGCUACAAGGUCUUUCAUGCGGGCGAGCUGGAAAAGAAGCUCACGUGGAUCCAGGCUCAUUUGUCUUGCCGGAAGCACGGCGCCGAGUUGGCCAGCUUUUCCAACCCGGAUGAGGAGAACUUCGUCUUUAAAGUACUUCAUGAGUCAUUCGGAGAGGAGGAAGAUCAUGAGCAGCACUGGCUCUGGGUUGGUUUAUCUCGUCGAAGCAGUGACAGCUGGACGUGGAGCGAUGGAUCAGCUGUGUCGUAUCAGAAUUUCGGCAGGGGUUUGUACAGCUCUGCGCGGUGUGGAGGAGUUAACGUAGCAGAAAUGACCUGGGUAAAGGUAGACUGUCAUACUGAACUGGACUGGAUCUGCAAAAUACCAAAAGGAAAAGCUGAGCUAAAACCAGAGUCUGCUGAAGACUCUGGUCUGGAGUGGGUUGAGUUUGAGGAAGCUCAGUAUAAGCUGUCCGAGCAUCGCACAACAUGGGAGCAGGCCGAGAGGAUUUGCUCCUGGAACAAUGCCUUCCUCGCCUCCAUACACUCUUCCAGAGAGAGGGACUUUCUAGCAAGCACUGUGCGCAAGAUGUCUAGGAUAGAUAGUGAUCUCUGGUGGAUUGGACUGCACACAUUUGAAAACGAUGGCAGAUUCAGGUGGUCCGAUCACUCAGUCCUUAAUUAUGUGUCCUGGGGACCUGGAGAACCUCAUCCCGUCACCAAGGACAGCAAGUGUGUCCACAUAUCUGCGUCUAAAGGUGAAUGGGCGGAUAAGAAGUGUCACAUCGAUUUACCCUACGUGUGCAAGAAAGUAAAUGUAACAGGAACACCACCUCCCACCCCAGCCCCACCUCUCACCCCUGCGGGCUGCCCUGAUGGCUGGACUCCAUUCUUACACAGGUGUUAUAAGGUGUUUGGGCAAGAAGUUACCAGACGUGUCACCUGGUCUGCUGCCCGCAUGAUGUGCCAAACUCAAGGCGCCAAACUGGCUACUGUUCCUACAUACGCUGAGCAAGCCUUCCUGGUAACCCUGCUGCCCAACUUCAGUUUCCAUCUGUGGGUUGGACUUACAUCAGAUAUACAGGGACACUUUAAGUGGGCAGAGUCUGGAUUACUUAGCUACACAAACUGGGCUCCUGGGGAGCCGGUGAACAACAGUGGACCAAACAAAAAUCUGGGUAAUUGUGUCAUGCUAUUGCACAACAGUCCUCACAAAACCACAGGAAUGUGGGCGUCUAGAGGGUGUGAAACAGAGAAACAUGGCUACAUCUGCAUGAAGAAGAAAGACCCUGCUAUUCCCCCUGGUGUGGACCUUCUGCCCCCUGCACUAGACCGGCCUUUCGAAUUUCAGGGUGUGCAGUACCAGUUGUUGCAGGCGAGGCAGGAUUGGGAGGGAGCCCUGCAUGUGUGCGAGUCCAUGAACGGCACUCUGGCUACGAUACGAGAGCCGCGACAGCACGCAUACCUUACACUUCUACUCGAUGCCCUGCGCAAACCUGCCUGGAUCGGACUUCGCAAUGACGGGGGCCGGAGCUACAGAUGGCUGGGUGAAGACGAGGUUACCUUCAGCGUUUGGCAUGAUGGCGAGCCGAACCUGAUGGUUGGGUGUGGUCACAUGACUACUAGUGGACAAUGGACCGUGUCAUCCUGCAGUGCCAAAUUGGAUGCAGCUAUAUGUCAGAUAAACACAGAGAAAGCCAUAGAUCACAAGUGGAUGUAUCCUGGGCACUGCCUUCAGACAGUGGGUGAUUGGUCCUGGGUUCCUUUCAGAAACUCCUGUUAUGCCUUUAAUUUGUACCAGCCGAGAUUACAGCAAGAGGCUUUACACACAUGCAAGAAAGUGGGAGCAGAGUUGUUAUCAGUGCUGGAUGAGAGUGAGAACGGAUUUGUUUGGGAGCAUAUCCAGACCUACCAAGAUCAGGCUAAAGGUGCCUGGCUUGGCCUCACCUUUAACCCCAGAGGAGGUAGCCUGCAGUGGGCAGACAGUUCAGCGGUGGAGUACACAAACUGGGAGCAGCAGGAGGGUAAUCUAAGCAUGCUGUCUGCCAACAGCUGCUUCUGGGUGCAGAGUAACACAGGGCUCUGGAAGCCUGGAUCCUGCAAGAACCGCACACACGGAAUCAUCUGUAAACGGCCCCGCGGACUGGCUGCGUCAGUUGUAGCAGCCGACGUGGACCAUCUUCCUGCUCUGGUCCUGAUCCUGCUGGCCGUCCUGGUGCUACUCGCCCUCGUCGUGGGUGGAAUUUAUCUCUAUCGAAGGAAGAGCGCCGGCAUGGCCGGGUCCUACGAGGGCGCCAGAUACAGCCGCACCAACUCCACCCCGUCCGAAGAGGCGGAGAAAAACAUCCUGGUGUCCGAUAUGGAGCUAAACGAGCAAGGGGAAUAAUGAAGGCUUAGGAAUGUGAACGAAUGACUUAGAAAACUGGCCUGCACACACAAGGACACAUGAACUGGAGUAAUGUGGGUUUUUUUUCUAAUUUUGUGAGAGCCGUUUAGAACGCUGUGUGGAGCGCAGCAGAUGAAUCGAAUCUACCCCUUUUUUUGCAGUUGCAUGAUACGAAACACUGACCAAUCAGAUUUGAAAAAAAAAUUUUUAUAAUCAGCUUGGGUUAGCUGAUGUGCACAUAUUGCGGUGUUCUCUGUAUUUUUUUUUAUUCUGUUUGUAACCAUAUUUGUAUUAUGACAAUUAAAGAAGCCAGAAAUAAAACAUGCACACACAAAAUCAGACUUCCAGACAAGUACGCACACACAAAUGUUGCACUAUGGGCCAUAUGCAGAGUUGUGUUAUACACACAUAGAAAAUACAUAGUAACAGCAAUUCACACGUCAGUUUAGACGUUCAGAGCCCGGACUUAAAUAUGAUAUAAUUUAACGUUCUUACUCUUUGCAAGUCACAGUUUCAACAUUUCUUUGUACGAUAUGCGCUCUGGCAUUGAGCAGCGUGAAGUUGUCUGAUUAUGUGUGCCAUUCACGAUAUGUCUGAAUGUUUACCACAAUUAAAAAUGUUUACAGCGUCA